AAGCAGAUUAUGAAGCGGACAUCAUCUGUGGUAUAGUCUCAUCUAGCUGGCUCCAUGGCAAAACAAGACCUCUUUAUGUGUUUUUAUAUAUUCUCUGUCGUUUUUCUGCAGCUCUGUUUAUCUGUUGAUGACGAGCCUGCUGUUGUGCAAAAAAGUUUAGGGGGACACACAUCCCAAGAUAUGAUUCAAAACAAUGAAUUAGCUACCCAGAGCCGAAGUACUGAUUUUGAUGAGGAGAGUUCUUUGCUUGCUGUGGAGCACCCUCUUAGAAGAGUGCUGCAGCCGUACAGGUGGCAGCUGGACUCACCACAUAGAACCAAACGGAGGCUACUGCAGACAUCAAACUCUCUGAUGUACUCUCCUCUGAACGUGGUUUACAACGGUAAAACAUGUAUCCUGUUUAGGGCCAGGAAGCUUGCCGUCAGGUUUACGAACAGCACCUUAGUGGAUCUUACAGAGAAGACUUUUGGCCCUGAUGCACAGGUGGACACCAAAGGAUCUACUUGCAGCAAAGACAAAGCUAUGCUUAUACUACGUUUUGGAGAUGUGGAGGAUUUGAGAGGACUUGCCAUAAGACUACAGAUGUCCAACACUUUCUAUGAGUCAGCAGGGCAAAACUGGUUCACUCUGGACAGCGUACACAUCCACUACAACUGGACCCAUGAGGCCACGUUUAAUGCCACAAACGUGUAUGCUCCUAGCACCUACUCCUAUCAUUGUCAACACGUCAGCAGCCUACAGAAGUAUGACACGCUGCUCAUCCCCAGCUCCAUCACUGACAACUCUGCAAACUGGCACAUCACCUUCACAGACUUCCAGAUACAAGCAUUCAACGUGCUGUCCAACAAGUUUGCCUCGGCCAGUGACUGCGCUACGUUCUUCACUCCGGCUAUCCUCAUGGGGCUGAUCACCUCCCUCAUCCUUCUCCUGGUCCUGGCUUACGCUCUGCACAUGGUGGUCCACCUGAAGCACAUUGACACCUAUGAAGAACACAAGUCCACUGUCUACUUCCCCCGAGGCACAGAGACUGCAGAAUGCACCAGCACCACUGGCUCAGCCCUCACUGAGAAAAACAGCUUGUAGGGGUCCAUUACUCAGGAUAAACAACACUAAGAAAAUCGAGUUUCUGCAGUUUUCAUUGCGUGACGGUGCAGGGAUUCAGACUGACAACCCUGAUGGAAGAUUUUCUGACUAACUGAACUUUAAUUAUAAAAUUGAUUUGGAGAAAUAUGGAAUGUAAUUACCGUAAAUGGGGUUACAAGCUUUUGACAAUUCACUGUUAAAGUAUUGUGAAAGUAUCAAUACACCAAACCAGAUCUAACCAAAACAAAUAUUUAUCUCAUCCUAAAUGUUGCCAGUAUUAAUAAUUAAUUCCAAGGUUCUUAAAAUGAAAAUACUAAUCUACAUUCCUUGUCCAUAAUAUCAUUGUAGCCAAGGUGGACUUGCCAGCUACCUACAGGAUUUGAGUCUUCUUGGCUGUUGACUAAUAAAACAGCUUAGAUAGCCUAUGCAAAGUGCUUGUUUAUUCGCAAUGGUGGCCAUGAUAGCUAGCAUGCUAGCUAGAUCUGGCUAGGCUCAGGAGCAGACAAUGGCCUUGUGCCUUCUCACAAUGCUGUUAUGUGUUAAUGCUUACUUAUAAAGCAACCUGCCAUAUUGAAGGGACAGAAAUACAUAUAGUUGUACUUUGGCAUCACUGGGCUCAGGCAGUGACAGAUCCAGUUUCUUGUGGUUCAGCAACAUCUGUAUUUGGACACAGCUUUGGAUGACACUGAUUCUGAAUCACGUUUUGGGCAUUGAAAGUGAAAAUGAAAGUACUAUGUACUCUUGAAAGAAAUUUUACUGAUUAAAGCACAAAAAAUUAUUUCAUAACAUGUCAGUACUAUACAUCCUGACAUGUAUAUUGGAUAAAGUUUCAUUUUAAUAUCCUUACCUUACAUUAUAGGGUAUAAUGGGUAUGCAGUACCGUGUUUAUUUUCCUGUAAAUCAUUAACAAUACUCUUUUGAAUAGUUAGCCGUUUAGAUUCUGACUUUUCAGACCUGCAGUAAAUGAAUUUUCAAGAACUUGUGUUAUUACAAGCUCUUGUAAAAAAUAAAUACUGUAUGUGAAUUUAAAUUUUGUAUAUUUUUUGUUGGUGUUUUUAAUUUCUCUAAUAUAUAUUCUUCUUUCAAGAUGGGCCUUCAAUAGUUUAAAAACUAUUUUGUUAACAUUGGUCUUUAAAAAAACAGCUGCCAGAACCACAUCAACCAUUACGUGUAGCAUGUCCGUGGCUAGAAAAUACAGUACAUUUGCUAACAGUACAGUAGCCCCUUCGAUGGGUAGGGAUGUGCAAUUUUUAUAGGAACCUAUUGUUAUGUACUUUUCAUUUAUGUAUAAGCUAUGUGUUUGGAAAAUGAACCCAAGUCUAAAAUGUGUCCAUUGCAAUUUAUGGAAAUGGAACAGUAAAUGUCUUAACCCUAGUUAAUGCAAUAACCUUAUCCAUUUGUAAUAAAUGCAAUGUAGUAUUGCAGGAAUUAUGUACAUAUGUAACUAUUUUGGAAAAUGUGAUAACAUUCAAUAUAACCUGAUGCUAUUGGUCCUAGAUGACUCGUAAUGUAGUUUAGGGCCAACAUAUGUGCCGUUUACCUACCACUGGAAAACGGCUGCUGGGAGCAGUUGUGAGGAUAGUCAUAUUUAAAUAGAGUGGCUGUUUGCUACAGUGUUGGCAUCGGGGAUGGUGGGUGGUCAUUUCUUCAAAAUAAUUUUUUGGGGCAAUUGUGUUUUGUUACCUUACCCUUAACCUUCAUCCUAACCCUAACCUCAGUACUGUGAUGCCUAAACUUAACAGUAACCUAAUCCUAACCAUAGUCCUAACCCUAACCUCAGUACUGUGAUGCCUAACCUUAACAGUAACCUAAUCCUAACCAUAGUCCUAACCCCUAACAUCAGUACUGUGAUGCCUAACCUUAACAGUAACCUAAUCAUAACCAUAUUCCUUACCCUAACGUCAGUACUGUCAUGCAUAACCUCAAGUUAACAUUAAACCUACAUGUUAUUUGUAAAAAGUCAUUUUUCAUUUUAUAUUGAUUACAUUAAGGACCAACAUUAUAGUGAAAUGUUAAGGAGCAAUGUAAUAGAGAGUCAUUAAGAAUCAAUAGCACUGGGGAUGUGUUGAUAGUGAACAAAAUUGCAAUGCUUUAUGUUCAUACUUAAUAUAAUUGGGGUUUACAAAAUAGAUCCAUAUGAACGUAAUUCCUGAGAGGUACGGCUGAUAACUAUGACACUUUUUAUAUAAUAAAACUGUUAAUGUUAUACAUUUCUGGUUAAUGUAAUAAAUCUUGAACUGUUAA